GAGAGACCUGUUUUUUGCAAGGACACCACGAACUACUACUAUCCACCAUGACGAUCCCACGCUUUGUCUCCCUCAGCAGCAAGCCGUUUUCCCCCGAUGAAUCUUUCAGUUCCAUCUCUAUGGUAUCAUUUGACGACUCCUUUGGUAGCCUCGGUGGUCGAAGCACGAGUUCUAUUGGUGAAUCUUCGCUGCACCGUUCCAGCCUGAGCGUCUCGGAUCAAACGGUACUUCCCCAAAUCAACGAACGAGUAGUGGUGGGCCAUGCUCCCGACUCGGGACUUCCAAGAGUUCCACGAAGACGAAAGAGUCUAGUGGGAUCUUCGUCUUGUUCCUUUCCAGCAGUAGAGCCAACGGACGCCGCUCACCCACCAACUCGUCGAAUGUCGUGUACAUCCAAUUCUUUGGCAGCACCACCCAGAAUUCCCCGACGGCGGGGUAGCAUGUCCUUUGCGGGGAGUAGCCAAGGAGACGAUAUCAGUGAAAAACUCUCACGGUCCGGCGAUACCAGUAGCUAUGCACGAAGCACAGCCAGCACACAGCAUACUCGUGUAGCAUCCAAAGCUGCCUAGACUAGUAGACUGCCUGACUAAGAAGAACACAAACAGAAACAGCAGACGACUACAAUAGUCAUCUAUAUUGAAUAACUACACUUUUUGUCCAUAC